CCGAUCUGCGAAAUGUGUAACAUGCGUAGAAACUUUUUCUUGUCCUUCUUCAGUCUUUGAUCAACUUUCAGUUCAAGUAGUUUCGUCAAAAUGAAGCUCCUCUGUGGAUUAUUAAUUUUUUCUUUAGCCAUCUCAAGUGCAUUUUCCCUUGAGUGUUAUCUCUGUGAAGGUAGCAAUGGAACAACUUGUGCCGAACCAAAUGAUGUAUCAGAUCUUAAGGGUAUUGUCUGUCCAAAAAAUCGGACUGGGAUUGAAGUCGAAGUAGAAUGCAUAACAUUUGUCUACAAAUUGGACAAUGGAUCCCUCAAUACUGCUAGGGGUUGCAGCCCCAAAGGCUUCUGCGAAAACCAAGAUAUACCUUUCUUUGAAAUUGUCAGCUGUGAAAGUUGCACUGAUGAUCUCUGCAAUAACUCUUAUCAACUCAAUGCCAAUGCAGUGAUCAUUUCAUUGCUUGUCCUAUCGGUGUCUGCAUUUCUAUCGAAAUUAUUCAAAUAGGUAAUUUUCUACCCCAAUUUAAUAUA